GAAAACGUUACUUGUUGCGCGUUAGCACCGGCCGUGUCUCUCUGUCACUCUUCCUCUCACUGAACGGCCCGGCACCAGGCACCUGUUCACCCGGCAAACACAGUUGUUCUAGUGUUGUGUUGUCCCGAAGACCACAGUGCCGGUAGUCGCGUGUUAUCGCCGACGCUGGUCGUAUCGCUGCCGACCAACACGCCGCGCCGUGUCGUCCGCGAGUCGUGUAUAGUGUCAAUAUUAUCAUAAUUAUUACCCAUAUAGUUAACCCGUGGCAAUAGCAACAAACGCAGUUUGGCAAAAAAAAUAUACGUCGUGUAUUGUACUCGCGUACAGACAUAAACAUCGGGAAAAACAAAAAGGUAUUCAAGUCCAAAACGUUCGUGGUUCGUCGAAGGAGAAAUGGGGCGCAAACAUCAGGGUGCAAAGGACACAUAUGACAUAGACAGCCUGAUCUCACCUAUUUAUGCUAUGACCACAACUGGCGGGGGCAUGAAUAGCACCGGCUGGAUGGGCUACAAAGCAGUGCCCGUCGAUGAACCUAAGCCACGGACCCCAUUGUUCCUGAUAGACAAUGGUCUCAGUGCUAAGACACUAGAUGCUAUGUUACACAUAUUCAUUAUAUGUUUAGUACUUUUCAUUAUUAUCAAUUGUAUGUGUAAAUUUGUUUGGUUAUUUUUAAAAUGAUAUUGUUAUACUAAUAUUAUUGUGUGAAUACUGUAUAUAGGUAGUCUUAAGUGCCUUGCUAAAACAUUUUUAGUUUAAAUACCAUUUUUUUUUUAUUAUUAUUUAUUGUGUGUUAUAUUUAUAACAAUAUUGUAAAUCAUAUUUUUUUUAUUCAUAAGUGUAUAAUUUAUUGACGAUUCGAUUCUAUUGUAAUUUCAUUAGUUAAAUAUUACAAAGACAAUAUUAUCAUAUUGUUGUUAUUAUUGUUACCCAAAAUAAACAUGAAUACUUUUGUGGUAAACAUAUUAUAGUGAAUAUUUCUGUUUAAAAUUAACUAGAAAUAAUUGUCAUAGUUCAAUAAAGUUACAAGCCUUAUAAA